AAGGGAAUGAAUGAACAUAUGGAUGUAGUAUAUGAACGUUCUGGAUGAGUAUCCUUUGAGAUCAUUAAUGGAUGCUUCAAGUACAAUUUCCGAAGAUCAUUUCAUUAAUAGACCUUGUAGGAAUAGUACCAACGUUAUGUUGAAAAUUUGGUAUAUUCCUCCCAGCAGGUGUUUGUAAUUUUUGCCUUGUCGCUGGUGAUAGGUUCAAAUGUGAAAGUGAAAAUUGAGUUUCUGGCAGAGUGACUGCUCUUUCUGAAAAUGUGAAAAAAAAAAAAAGUUUAGGCAGCUCAAAAGGCCAGCGAAAAAAAACCCUCAUAUUUGUAACAUAAUUCCAUCUACAAGUUCAAUAUGGGAAAACUGAAGAAGGAAAGGAACAGAGUCGCCAAUACUGGUGGCAAUCUUGAGAAGGCCGGAAACUUGAGAGUGAAGGGAGAAAACUUCUAUCGUGAUGCAAAGAAGGUCAAAUACGUUAACAUGCUCAAGGGCGGUACAGCCAUUCGCAAUGCCAAAGGAGAAAUUGUUCGAGCAGCUGAUUACCAAAACACAGAGACACCCAUUGCUCGAAUCGCACCUAAUAGAAAGUGGUUUGGCAACACUCGAGUCAUCGGACAAAAGGCAUUAGAGAACUUUAGAGAAAGCCUUGGAUCAAAAGUAAAUGACCCAUACCAGAUGCUCCUACGACAGAACAAGCUUCCUAUGUCUCUCCUUCAAGACCCUACAAAGCAAGGUCGCAUGCACAUUCUCGACACCGAAAGUUUUUCCAAAACCUUUGGUGGCAAGGCUCAGCGAAAGAAGCCUAAGGUUAAUAUAGCAUCGUUGGAGGAAAUGGUUGAGAAAGUUGAAGAUGUUACAGAAUCAUAUGCCCCUGCCAAAGAUGCCAAGUUGUUGGUCAACCAAAUCACAGACUUUACCGAUCAAGCCCGUGGAUGGUAUCUCCAAGCUGGACAAUCUAAGCGUAUUUGGAAUGAAUUGUACAAGGUCAUUGAUUCAUCUGAUGUUGUUAUACAUGUCUUGGAUGCCCGUGAUCCAGUUGGAACGAGGUGUAAAAACGUUGAGCGCUUCAUUCAAAAGGAAGCUCCUCACAAGCAUCUCAUCUUCAUUCUCAACAAAUGUGAUUUGGUUCCUACUUGGGUAACAGCUCGAUGGGUCAAGCACUUGUCAAAGGAACACCCAACUCUCGCUUUCCACGCUUCCAUCAACAACUCUUUUGGUAAAGGAUCCCUUAUCCAACUUCUUCGACAGUUCUCUGGAUUGCAUUCGGACAAGAAACAGAUUUCUGUUGGCUUCAUUGGAUACCCUAAUACCGGCAAGUCUUCCAUCAUUAACACACUCAAGGCCAAGAAGGUAUGCACAGUUGCACCCAUCCCAGGCGAGACCAAGGUUUGGCAAUAUAUUACCCUCAUGAAGCGUAUCUACCUUAUCGACUGUCCUGGAAUUGUACCUCCUAACGCUGAAGACACUGAAUCCGACAUUAUCCUGAAGGGUGUUGUUCGAACUGAAAACAUUCCUACACCUGAAGACUGUAUUCCUGUCAUUUUGGAUAGAGUUCGAAAAGAGUAUAUGCAGCGCACAUACGAGGUUCGUGAAUGGAAGGAUCCCACCGAUUUUAUGGAACAGAUCGCUCGACGCACAGGAAAGUUGGUCAAGGGUGGUGAACCUGAUCUUCACAACGUGUCCGUCAGCAUUCUCAAUGACUGGCUCAGAGGCAAAAUUCCAUUCUUCACUCCUCCACCAUCUGUUGAUGGUACUCAGGAGACAGCCGCCGAUGCUGCUCGAUGGGGUGAAAAGGACUCUCAAAUCAAGGCUGCCAAUGCUGCAGCUGCCAAGGCUGCCCAUCUUGAACGACAAACGGCUGAGCGCAAGGCUGGACGAGUUGGUGUUGACCAGUUGUUCAGAAAGAUCCGUGUUGUCACCGAAUUCUUGCCCGACGAUCUUGAAAAUGAUAAGGACUUGAAGGAAGAGGAGCGCGAGAAGGAAGCGCAAAUGAUUGCCACUAAGAAGGAAACAGCGAGCUCGAGCUUAGUGACGACGAUAAGGAAGAAGAGGAAGGCGAUGAUGCUCAAGAACAAGAGGAGCAAGUUGAGGCAGCCCCCAAGAAGGCCAAGUCAAAACUUCCCGCGUUUGAAGAAGAGGAUAUCGACUCCCGAAAAUCUACCAAAGAUAAGCGAAUGACCACCAACAAGCGAAAGGUUGGUGUUCAUUAUUAUGAGACUGCCAACGUCAAAAACAGAAACCGUAGCAAGGUCAAGCCUGACGGUGGACCGAACAAGAAGAAGCGUAGAGCAUAACUUAGUUU